AUGGCAAACAUUAGAUCAUCGAAACGUGCUCCGCGUAAGCGCAAGUUCAAAUCAGACGGUAAAAUCGAUCCUUCUGACCUCCCUACAAUUAUUGUGAAGAGGGUUAGAUCAUCGGAAUGUGCUCCGCGCAAGCGCAAGUUCGAAUCAGACGGUGAAAACGACCCUUCUGACCUCCCCACAAUUAUUGUGAGGAGGGCGAAGCCCUCAGUGGCAAGUCAGGAGACGGUCCGAACCUACAUCAGCACAGGACGGCCGACUCGCGGCUAUACGCUGCUGUUCCACAAGGCGCCCAUCCUGAAGGUGGUCGGAGCACCUCUCCGAACCCACAUCAGCACCACACGGCCAACUCGAGGCUAUACUCUGAUGUUCAAAGAAACGCCCAUUCUCAAGGUGGUUGGAGUACCUCCUGCGGCGCGCACUCCUUCGCCACCGCCUGCUCCUCCUUCGACUCCUCCUCCUCCGCCUCAUCGUACCUCUCCUCCGCUACCUCUCUUCUUGCCCAGCCCUCCGUCUAGUCCGGAGCCUUCGAUGUUUGGUUAUUGUAGGGAGCUUUUGCUUUGA